GGUGGUGCAAAACUCAAAGUCGACCAGCUAUAAUAACCCCGUAUGACGAGGGUUACCCGAGAAAACAGUAAAAGAGAGUACCCAAAGCUUCUUUUCAUUCAUCCACCUUACACACAAUACAACACACAAAAUCCUCGUAUUACUCCGAUUUCUUCAAUUUCUUACUAAACUGCAUGCAAUCGACAAAACGUGACACGGUGAAAAGAUCUUAGUUUUCCACCCUCUUCUGUUUCACAUGCUAAAAGAAGUGAAAGUUGUAAUGAUGAAAGUUCUGGCCAAGGCUAAGGAAGCUUCAGAGAAGAAAAGAAGACAAUAACAUUGAUGAGUUUGAUAAUGAGCAUAUUGAAGAGGUGGGUACAACUCCUUUUUGUAACAUCUUUAACCAAUUUCCUCAUGCAUAUAUACAAUCCCUCGUUGCAAGAUCAUUAUUUCUAAAAUAGGUUCAUAGUGCUAGUAGGGUUUAAGGUAAUAAGUAGUUGAUAGAGUAUUAAGAGUGUAUGAGAGGAGAAAGAGAAAUUAAUAAGGAGUUAGGUUGUUAGGGAGAGUUUUUAAUUGUUAGCAAUUCAGUUAACAGUUGGUCAGGAUGGGGAACCUUAUAUAAAGGUUGAGAGCUAUUGUAAAGGGUUAGCUUUUGAUAUUCAUUUAUAUAGACAAGACCUCUGUAUCCUGUGGAGGGAGAGUGCUCCCUUGAGAGUGUUGAUUGUGUACAUUGUAUUCUUGAUUACAUAAGUAAUAUACAUACAUUUUCUUCAUUCUAUAUGAGUGAGUGCUGUGAAGUGUGUUAGAUUGAUUUCUUGACUACAAAAACUUAUCAAAUUGGUCUGACCUGCCGGAUCCUAAGGUGUGGAGCGAGAUGGAGGGAAAAAUCAACGCACCAGAGGGAAAGAUGAAUGGAAGAAUGAGUGUGCUGGAAAGAAGGUUUGACUCAAUGGAGAUUAAAGUGGAUGAAUUAAAGGUCGAGAUGAGAGGUGUGCACGAAAAACAUCAAGAAAUCAGUUGUUCUUGGAAGAAGGAUGAGGAAUUAGGACAGGAGCUCGGAGGGGAGUCCAGAUUUAGUGAAUGAAGGUCGGGUAGGAAGGAAAGAUAGUUCAGAGGACAAACUGGAGGAAGAUAGGGGUGAAGUGUAGUGAAAUUGGAUGAAGCUGGUAGAAUUACCCAUGUUUGAGCAGUUGGACCCGAUGUGGUGGAUCUCUAAGGUAGAGAAGUUUUUGGACAUUCAAAAUGUCAUCGAGAAGGAGAAGAUCAAGUUGGCGUACAUCUGCAUGGAGGGGGCGCGAGUUAUUGGUUUAGGAUCUGGAAAAAGAAAACCAAGAAUCCUUCUUGGGAAGCUUUGACAGAGGCGCUGAUGAGGAGGUUUUGGUGGAAGGAAUAGAGGGUCAAUUUUUGAGAAAUUGGCAGCCGUGAGACAAAGGGGAAUGGUGGAGGAGUAUGUCCAAGAAUUUGAGAUGCUUGUGGUUCAAGCUUGGGAGUAACGAGGGAUAACUGUUGGGUUAUUUUUUUGCGGGCUUACAAGGAGACAUCGGGAACCAGAUUCGGCCUCACAAUCCAAGGGACCUGUUGACAACAAAGGAGGUAGCCCAAGAUGUAGAUGAAGCUAGGAAUAACCCAAGAACGAGUGAAGGAAAGACUAGUAAGAGUAAUCAGCCAUAGGGAAGGUAUCAAGAGAGUUCUGGGACGGUUGCAAGAAGCGAAACAUAUAAGGGGAGUCAGAAUGGGCAAGGGGCUACUAGUAGUGGGAAUACGUAGAGGAAGAAAGGAACGAUCAACACAAUGAUUUCCAAGGCGAGGAGUAUUGCAGUUGGGGAAAUACGAAACAGAGGGGUGAGAACUCUCCCUUGCCAGAGUAUAUAUAGAGAAGGGAGGAAGGAAGGUGCUUCCACUGUGGGGGGCAAUACAGCCCAAGGCAUAGGUGUCCAGAGAGGAGCAUGCGGGUUAUGAUAAUGGAAGAAGGUGAUGAAGGAGGAGAGGACGAGGAAGAAGAAGAGAUAGAGCAGAAACGUAUGGAGUUGUCCGUUUUCUUAGCAGGGGGCCUAACCUAGACCAACACAAUGAAGUUGCAGGGUUGGGUGAAGGGGAAGAAGAUAUUAGUCUUGAUAGACAGUGGGGCAAGCCAUAAUUUCAUUUCGACAAGGCUGGUGGAGGAAUUGGGGUUGAAGGUGGAAGAAACACCUCCCUAUAAGGUGUGUCUAGGGGAUGGGCAGAAGAAAACCACCCAAGGUUGUUGUGAUGACAUUUUGUUAAACUUAGAAGGAGUAGAGGUCCGGGAGAAAUUCUACCUAUUCGAGCUAGGAGGGGUGAUAUAAUAUUGGGGUGGCUUGGCUAGCAUCGUUAGGAGAAGUUAAAAUAUACUAGGGAAAUAUGACAAUGAGAUUUGGUCAGAAGAAGGAGGAGGUGUUGAUCGGGGGGACCUUACUCUAACCAUAAAAGUGGUAUCCCUGAGGUGCUAUUAAAGGAAACAAGAUAGAAGUAGUAACUCUGGUAUGGGGGUUGGGUCAGAUUGAACUAGAAGGUGGAAUUGAGGGAAUGGAGCAACUGACUCACCAGGUAAUUUGAUGGACCAUGGCGGGUUUUAUAUCUAAAUCCAUCAAUUGAAGCAACUGAAGCUUACCAUGACAAACACAUGGCGUGCAAAUGGAGAAGACACAAUGGUUGAUCAAAGAUUGUGAAACAAUGAUCGAAGAUUGUGAAAUAGUGGUGUUCGGAACAAGACACAUGAUGGCCUUAAAAGACAUGAUGUGGUUGUGUGAGAAGAUGUGAUAUGAUUGUUGAUAAAGAUGCGAGUUGCAGAGCAAGAGAUCAUGAACAUGAGAAGGAGAUUGCGAGCAAGAGAGUCAAAUGCAUAAUGAUAAAAACAUGACUCGUUCACUUGAACAUAGUCCCACAAGUCUACUUUGAAUUAAUUGACUCUUCUCCAAGUUUAAUUAAAUUCCACCAAAAAAUGAGUUUGCACACAAGUCAACUUGGAUCAGAUGAGUAAACUCACGAGUUUGAGUUGACCCUAGAGUUUGAUAACCAUUGGCUAGAAAAAAAAAAUCAUAACUUAAGGUGGUUGCAGGAGGUGUGUCAUUUUUUUCAAAUUUGUAGCUUUUAAUCAUGACUGAGCUGGCACAUACAGGGUUUAGAAUUUUAGGCAGAGAAGAAUAUAGUCAGGUGUGUUAUCUUGUCUAACCUUGACGGGAACCAUGACUACACAUUAGUAACUCUUCAACUUGGAAAAUGGGUAGUCAAGUCACAGCGUAGAGGGCAGCAUUUAUGAUGGAAUUUGUCCUCUGACUGGUUAAUUAUACUAUUAAUUCAUGGUUUUUCAAACCUAAGGCGGGAGUAUCAAUUGAAUAAAAGGCUUCUAAGCUGAAAUAUACAAAAAAAAAUUCCCUACACUUUUGAAGAGGGGAGAAAGAAAAUGAAAAGCUCCAGUAAAUUUGUCAGAUUCUGGUUAGAUAACAAACCUAAAAUAAACAACUUCCUUUGCUGUCCUUUUGAUGGUGUUGUUCCUAGGAUUUAGAAGCUUAAUUUUUAUUCUUUCUUUCAUUUAAUAUAUCACAAAAACCAUGCAUUGGAAGUUCUUGUAAAUCUCUUAGUUGCUUGUAAUAUGUUCCAUGUCAUUUUUGUCACCCCCAAAAGGAAAUGGAGUGAUGGAUGGACAUGGAUAGGGUUAUGGUUGGAUAAAUUAUGAUACAAUAGUUUUAGCCAUUUAAUCUUGCCGUGGGACAAUUGUUAUCUAGUGUUUGUUUGGUUGUACUUAUUUUAAGGAAAAAUCAUUUUUUAUUCUCUAUUUUUUUCUCUUAAUUUGUUGUACACACUUUGGGGGGAAUUGGUAAUGCAUCAGCUAAAUCAUAAGCGCUGAAUAUUAUAUAUUUUGUACCAUGAAUAUUUGAAAUUGCUUUUCUUAAUGACACAAUAGACAGACUUUUAUGGAUUUUGUGGUGGUGGAUUCGGACAAGGCAAAUGAAACAGAGCGUAGCUGUCUAGAAGAGAGUACAAGUAUAUUUAAAGGAGUUGAAAUCCAAGAGCCUUAUGUGGGCAUGGAAUUUGAUUCCGAAGUAGCUGCUAGAAAAUUUUAUGUUGAUUAUGCCAGACGGGUUGGAUUUGUUGUACGCAUAAUGCAAAGACGACGUUCUGGAAUUGAUGGGAGGACUCUAGCUCGCCGACUUGGAUGUAACAAACAAGGAUUCUCACCAAAUACCAAGGGGGCAUUCGGACCAGAGAAAAAGCCAAGACCUAGUGCCCGUGAAGGUUGCAAGGCAACUAUCUUGGUAAAGUUAGAAAAAUCUGGAAAAUGGGUUGUCACCAGAUUUAUAAAGGAUCACAACCAUCCUCUAAUUGCUACUGCUAAUGGAUUCGGCACAGUGGGUGAUAAAGAUAAGAAAAUUUCAGAACUUACAAUGGAGUUGGAACGCCAAGAUCAACUUUGUGUUGCAUAUCGAGAAAAACUGCUCAGCUUCAUAAACAAUGUUGAGGAGGAGACACGUGAACUAUCCACAAAAGUUCAACUCGUUGUUGAAAAUGUAAGGAGAGCUGAAUCAGAAUUGAAAAAAUGUUCACAGAAAGUAAAGCCUUGGUGCUUAACCUGAUUUUAUAAAUGAGAACGAGUAUAGUAAAUAAUUUCACUACGUAUAGGUUUCCUUUAUUCGUACAUCGAAAUCUGUUCUUAAAGCUCGAAAGAGGACAGGGAAAGAUGUGAGUACCAUACACCUGUUGCGUUAUGCAGGGAUUACUGAGGGAAUGAAACCGUAAGGCUCCAUAGUGAUCAAACUUUUGCAGAAGAAAUGGAGUACACUAGCUACCUAUCUAUCACUGCAUCCUUUGGAAAGGUUCAAAAUUUUCCACUUUAGAGUAAUGACUGUACAUUCUAUUAGUUAAUAUCUUUCCUUUUAGGCGUCUUACAAAUCAAGAUUUUCAUUUCAAGUCCUUUGGGUCCUACCCAAAUUAAAGUAAAACUUCUCUAGCUUUACGGAGUAAAGUUAUGAAUAUCAUUGUUAGAUUAGGUAAGGGUCAAAACACAAAUAAAUUAUAUGCUCAUUCUUUUUCUGUUUAGCAUUGUUUAAAUAUUUUAAUGUGAUUGAGAUUUAGCUAACGCCGCAAAUGAUUAAUUAAUUGUACGGCUAUUUUUCUGAAUGAUCAGACUGA